CCGCCUCCCUCCUCUCCUCUCCUCUCUUCUGCUCGACAGCCAACUCGAAACUCGCAACCGAAGCCGAGAGCUCGGCGAGGCCUGCGCGUUCCACCCGCGCGGCGGCGGAGGCGGCGGCGGCGGCGGAGGAGGAGGCUGCUGUGGGGAAGGGCUCCGGGAGGGGAGGGGGGAUCCAACCGAGUAUCCGAGGGGGCGCGGCGCGGCGCCGUCAUGAGGCGCUCCUCGAAGAAGUCGUCGUCGUCCGCCGCGGCGGCCACCGCCGGUGAUGUACAAGUAAAUGAAAAAAAAAACAGAAAAAGAAAAGGAGUCAGUACAAACCUGACCAGCAGGAAAGCACAAUGUGGUACAACUAGGGGAGUUUCAAAGGAAAUUGAACGGAUCGACCAACUUUUCUAUACCUAUGCUGACAGCUCAUCGGGCAUGAUUGAUCCAGAAGGCAUCGAAACACUCUGUUCUCACCUUGAAGUUCCUCAUACAGAUGUCCGGAUUCUGAUGUUAGCAUGGAAAAUGGGGUGUGAAAAGCAAGGGUAUUUUACUUUGGAUGAAUGGCGGUCAGGAUUGAAAGCUCUGCGAGCUGAUACUAUCAACAAAUUGAAGAAAGCAUUUCCAGAACUGGUGCAAGAAGUUACAAGGCCAUCAAAUUUCCAGGAUUUCUAUCCAUAUGCCUUUCGUUACUGCCUGACAGAGGAUAAGAAGAAGUGUAUAGAAAUACCAGUUGCUUGUGAGCUGCUGAAUCUAGUAUUGGGGUUGCAGUUUCGCCCCCAGGUUGACAAACUUGUUAACUACCUCAAGCACCAAAGUGAAUACAAGGUGAUAAACAUGGACCAGUGGAUGGGCUUUCUUCGUUUCUGCAAUGAGAUAAACUUCCCAUCACUUGACAAUUAUGAUUCAGACCUUGCUUGGCCUCUUAUUUUGGACAAUUUUGUUGAAUGGUUACGAGAAAAUAAAAGUUAGCUCUCUUUUAUUCAAGUGCUGGUGAAGAUGUGGUUCAAAUGUAGUAUUCAAGAAUGCUUUCAGCACCUUGGGGGGCCUCUGAAGGAUGCAAUUUCAGUUUUCAUAGUUCUGUGGUGGAGGCUGGUUUCAGCAUGAUCAUUCAAUCGCCUUCUUAUCUUGUCUUUUUCUUUCCCCAUUUUUGAAGCUAGAAAAAAAAAAGUUUGAAGAGAUGUCAUCUUGAAAUUUUGCUUGGAUAUGCUCUAUAUUUGUGAGACUCAAUGCUAUUAUUGCAUUGGAUGGGUUUUUUUUAGGUAUAGCUUCAAAAGCAUGGAAAUUGGCUGAGAAAGGCAUGUGUAGCUAUGUUGUUUGCUACCUCUUCUCCCUUGCUUAGAAGAACAGACACCCCCAUGUCCUUUAUUUGUGUACCCCCGUUAUUUUAGGGGAUAUUUCAUUCUGUAUAGGUUUAUUCAUCAGCAGCUACCGACUAUGAAAAUGACUCAUCUUAUUGGCUCUUUGGUAAAGCAGUUGGAUAGCAUACUAGCAUCCAUCUUCAAA